UCUCUCUCUCUCUCUCUCUCAUCGUUGUCAAAUGUUUUUGGGGGGCAAUCUCUCUUUUGCACGUAUUCUUUCCCAUUUAUACCAGCAGAAAAGAAAGGAGGGUAUUCACAUGGUUCUUUCUUGUUUUUCCAAGAUACAGAUUCUUCUGUUCACCCUUUCUCUCUGCAAUUUGUCCUGCAAAUUCUUCCAACGUCUGGCUCUGUUUCUUCAGCAGUUUGGAAGUCAGGUCAGAGCAACUGACGUUUGCCCUUUUUCUUUUCCGUUCAAGUUUUGAGGUUGGAUUCGCUGAAUUUUGAAAGCUGUCCGGUUGUAUUUUGGGUCUGUUCAGGGUGGAGAGGACAAGGAGAUGAGGUGAAAAAUGGAGGUGGCUGGGCACUGCACGUAGAGAGAUGAGCGAAGCAAUGAGUUGUGGUUGCUUUGGUGGGUUCAAUAUCUGUAAACGAAAUAGCAGCCCGGCUCAGGCCGAGGGAGAUGCAUUCUAUGCUUAGCAAAGCUCAAAUAACAACCCAUGCUUGUAGAGGAGUCUGCCAGCUGAAUCAAGAUACCCAUGAAUGCAAAUUUUGAGAUUCCGACCAACAACGUGAGGCUUUUCUCUUAUCAUUCAUUACGAUCGGCAACCAGGAACUUCCAUCCGUCAAAUAGAAUUGGAGGAGGUGGUUUUGGAGUUGUCUAUAAGGGAGCUCUGAGAGAUGGUACUCAAGUUGCGAUUAAGUCCCUUUCAGCAGAAUCUAAGCAAGGAACGAAGGAAUUCCUAACAGAGAUCAACAUGAUAUCGAAUAUUCAUCAUCCAAACCUCGUUGAACUCAUUGGCUGUUGUGUGGAGGGCAAGAAUCGAAUGUUGGUGUACGAGUACCUGGAGAACAACAGCCUCGCUAGUGUCUUACUCGGUUCAAAAAGCAAGCAUGUCAUUCUGAAUUGGCCUCAGAGGGCUGCAAUUUGUCUGGGUACGGCAUCAGGCCUUGCCUUUCUUCAUGAAGAAGCCAAACCGCCCAUCGUCCACAGAGACAUUAAAGCCAGCAAUGUACUUCUUGACGGAGACUUUCAUCCAAAAAUCGGAGAUUUUGGGCUGGCAAAGCUAUUCCCAGACAACGUCACCCAUGUGAGCACUCGAGUAGCAGGAACAGAAGGUUAUCUGGCUCCAGAAUAUGCACUCUUAGGCCAGCUGACCAGGAAGGCCGAUGUGUUCAGUUUUGGGAUACUCGUGCUCGAAAUAGUUAGCGGCAGAAGUAGUAGCAAAGCCGCCUUUGGGGAGGAACUCAUGAUUUUGGUGGAAUGGACAUGGAAACUAAAAGAGGAACAGAGACUUCUAGACAUUGUCGACCCAGAGCUGGCGGAAUUUCCGGAAGAUGAGGUGUUGCGCUACAUCAAGGUCGCGCUCUUUUGUACUCAAGCAGUUUCGAACCAAAGACCAACAAUGAAGCAAGUGUUGGAGAUGCUUUCAAAAACUGUCAACCUGAAAGAGGAGUUGCUGACGGAGCCCGGCGUAUAUAGGAGGAACUAUUCUAGGCAGUUAGCCGGCGGUGGCGCCUCUUCUUCAUCGUCUUCUCAGGCCCAUAAGGGUAAACAGGCACGCAAUCCACAGGGCGCCUUGACUCAAACUAGCUUCCACAGUGAGAGCCUAAUACUUCCGAGAUGAUGAUUACUUGUUACCAAAUGAACAUGCGCAGCUCCGAAACCCAAGUACCCGAAUUUUCCCCCGGCCUUGACUUGGCAAUUGUUCAUACUCCUUAGUAUUUCUUCAUCCUAAUGAUGCUCUCGAUAAGAAUCGGUUUCUGAGUGAGUAGGUACCAGAGUGCAUAUGGAUUGAGGAUAACUAGAUAAGAUUUUUCAUUUUGGUGAAUAACACUCUUUUAGAACCUCUGUACAGGCAUUGUUGAUUCAUUCAUCUGUAUACGACUUCAAGAAAUGGUUCACCAAUAAAACAAAAGUCAGUUUCGUGAUA